AGUCACAGUUCAUCAGAGAACGGCCACAACUCGUCCCUGAGUGACUACAAGUACGGCAGAUUUGACCAUACGGCGCUGCACAUAGCGCACGCGCUCAACGCAACUAAACUCCAGAAGAGCUACCUGAGGGGUGUGGACCGACCUAUAGACUCGUACCUGGACGUGUCCCUGCAAAAACAAAUGGAGAUGAAGCACAGGAUGGAGGAGGAUGACCUGUACCAGCGGUUCGCCAAGCAGCGCGAGGCUGAGGACCAGAGACUGCAGACCGUCAUCGGCGAGGAGUGGGAGGCCGAGCUGGCCAUUAUCACCUCCAGGUUUGAACGAGAUCUGGCCAUGAAGAAGCGCAACCGAGAAGAGGCCAAAGUGCUGACCGUGCGUCACAACAGAGAGAAGGAAGAACUUGAGAAGAACAUGACGCUUAAGAGGGACCAAACCAAGCAAGGGCUCACUAGAAAAAUGCUCGAACAUGAGAGAGCGGCGACAGCGGCGCUGGUGGAGCGGCACAGCAAGGAGAUGAUGAAGCUCAUCCAAGAGAAACGCCUCGAGGCCCUCGACCCUUCAGAGGCGGACGCUCGGCUGUACCCGGCCCAGCCACCGCCGCCCCUGCCGCCCCCCCAGGCCAAAACUGACAUCUACCUCAGCCCCGACGAGUUCGCCGAGGUCGACCAGCUCGCUAUUCAGGUGGCGCAAGAAGACCAGAAAACUUUCACAGAUUUGGUACGUCUGCUAGUUGGUCAGUGCUCGUCUGACGUGGAGAAAGCCCGUACCAUCUUCCGCUGGAUCACCGUGAAGAACCUCAACAGCAUGAGCUUUGACGACACUGCACAUGGCGACACCCCCAUGGCCCUGCUCAGAGGCAUCAAAUAUGGCACUGAGAGCUACCACGUUCUCUUCAAACGUCUCUGCAGCUACGCUGGUCUCCAUUGCGUGGUGAUCAAGGGCUACAGCAAGUCGGCAGGUUACCAGCCCGGCGUGCGCUUCGAGGACAACAGGUUCAGGAACUCUUGGAACGCCGUGUACGUGGCUGGGGCGUGGCGCUUCGUGCAGUGUAACUGGGGAGCUCGGCACCUCGUCAACGCCAAGGAGAAAACGCAUAAACGGAAAAAGGACAACAACUUAAGGUACGAAUACGACGACCACUACUUCCUGACAGAUCCCAAAGAGUUCAUCUACGAGUUCUACCCUCUGCAGUCUGAGUGGCAGCUGCUGAAGACGACCAUCUCCCUGCGUGACUUCGAGGAGCUGCCCUUUGUACGGUCGCUCUUCUUCCGCUACGGCCUCUACUUCCCUGACGACGACACUAAGGCCGUCAUGUACACUGACUCAACAGGUGCGGCAACUAUAAGACUGGGCAUGCCGCCCGACCUGCAGUCUUCCCUCAUCUUCCACUACAACCUCAAACUCUACGACUCUGACAAAGACACUUACGAUGGCACGUCUCUCAAGCGCUUCGUCAUGCAGUCUGUGGUGGGUGACAUGGUCGCGUUCCGCGUGCACGCGCCGUGCUCAGGCGCCCUGCUGCUCGACAUCUUCGCGAACGCCGUGACGCCGCGCGAGUACCUCACCGGCGAGCCCAUGAAGUUCAAGAGCGUCUGCAAGUUCAAGAUCGUGUGUGAGGACCUGCAGACCGUCAUGGUGCCUCUGCCAGACUGCGCCUCUGGGGAGUGGGGGCCUGUCAAGGCCACGCGCCUCUUUGGCCUCGAGCCUGUCACGCAUAUUGACGCCCUCGUCUUCGCUGGGAGGGAAGUCGACAUUAAAUUCCGCAUGACGCGACCACUCACAGACUUCAUGGCUACGCUGCACCGCAACGGCUACGAAGAAAAGCGCCUCAACAAGUUCGUAAGUCACCGCGUCGAGGACGACAUCGUAACCUUCAGCUUAACUUUCCCAGAAGAAGGCCAGUUUGGCAUGGACAUUUACACGCGGGAAGUUGGAGCGUCGAACGCUGCUAACCCGCACCUCAGUUCGCCGCCUGAGAAGCAUUUGCUCACACACUGCUGCAAAUAUCUUAUCAAUUCAUCCAAGAGAAACUGAGCAUAUUGCAACUUGUAAAAAUGUGUUUUUUGAUUAUUCUAUAUCACGCUGGUCCUCCAACAUACAUCCAUAUAAACAUGUCUGACUGCCCUUUUCGUACAUGGCCGCUAACACCAUCAUGCAUUACUACUGGAAUAGGGAUCGGUUGAAUAUACUAUUCUAAUAUAUACUGUUGUAUACUGAAGUGCUUAGACUGUUGGGAGUAGAGGACGUUGCACAACGCAACGAUUUAAUUCAAUAGAACUUCCCUUUGAAAAAAAAAUUCAACAGGAAGAAAUUUCCUCAAGAACCUUGUUUGGUAAAAAUAUACACAACAUUUAUGUCUGGACAUCAAUCCUUAGUAAAAUUAUACACAUCAUUCAUAUAUGGACAUCAAUCCUUAGUAAAAUUAUACACAACAUUUAUAUUUCUCGAAAGAGUGAGGCUAAAUGACGUAUUGUAUAUAUUUAUACACGCAGAAAUAAAUAAAUACCCCCAAAAAUAUCUUUACGUUAAACUGAAGAUUUCCGCCGUGUUCCAUAAACGCCAUCAAGCUAUUGCUCCAACAUGCAGGAACAAAAGCUCAUUCAUUUACUAUAAAUAUAAGUGUGAUUAUUUCCGCCUUGUUAACAAUGACAAGAAUAUUCAAUUUAUAAAACUGUUUUAGUUGGUCUGUUUUAUUUGAUCACGACCUCGACCAUUAAAUUUCAGACUGCAUAUUCGAAACAACUCCAUUGAGUUAGUUCCGAGUAAAUGUAUUCCGUAAACUCUAUUAAGAUGAGAUCAUUUUUCAAAAUUAAGCCGCUAUUACUUCACAGUAUUCUGCAUGAUGGCCAGAAUGAUGCUCCAUGAUUGCUACAUGUAUUAGUGAUGAUGGCGAUGCAACAAGAUAAAAAGAAAGUUUAUAUCAAACAAGGAAGUUAUAUGUUAAAUUUCUACUUAUCAGUAAAAUGAAAAUUACAUUUUUGUUUGCCGUGCAGCGAAUGGUUUGUGUUUAGAUUUUAUUUAGUCGAGUCACUUGUUUGAAGAAUCCAUGGCGGCGAUUUAUCAAAUGUAGAUUAAGUGUAACAUAUCGCACGUGUUUCUCGCAGAUCUUUUAUUGCUUGAAGCUAUUACUAACUUACUGUCGUUACUUCCAAACCUUAAUUUAAGUUCACUGCUGUUGACGUUCAUCAUUUUCUUAUAUAUUAAUCAU